AUGCUAAGCGAGCGGUCUACCGUCUGAGCUACAUCAACGUCAAAUAGUUUUAUUUAGUUAUUUUUUGUUUCGUACUGCAAGCUUCCUCAAGAGUAUACAAAAUUCAGACCGUCCAGUGUCCAAGUGUCAGUUUUCAACAAUCGAGCUCGACCAAAAUCAUCGAAAUGUUAAGAAGAUUAGCGUUCCAGGCUUCAACUCAGCGUCGUUCGCUGUUUGGUGCUUCCGCCUCACUCUCAUGGUGUCGUCAACGUUCUUCUUCUCCUGCAUCAACUUCCCAAUCUCCUAACAGUACUUUUGUCGAACACUUGGAGGACAGCGAAGUUAGUCCCACGCCCCCUUCUGCAGCAAUCUCCAUUGACCGAUCUGGCUUAUAUAAUCCUCCUGAGCAUUCACAUGAACCUUCAUCGGAUUCCGAGCUUGUUAAACAUCUUAAAAGCAUUAUAAAGUUCAGAGGCGGGCCCAUCUCAGUUGCCGAAUAUAUGGAGGAAGUCUUGACGAACCCAAAGGCAGGGUUCUAUAUUAAUCGUGAUGUGUUUGGCGCAGAAGGUGAUUUUAUUACCUCUCCUGAAGUAAGCCAGAUGUUUGGAGAGAUGGUUGGUGUCUGGGCGAUGUGUCUUUGGGAGCAAAUGGGGCAACCAAAAAAAAUAAAUCUUGUAGAGCUGGGACCAGGACGAGGAACUCUCUUAGCUGAUCUUCUACGAGGUGCAUCAAAAUUUAGGAACUUCACAGACUCUUUGCACAUACACAUGGUUGAAUGUAGUCCAACUCUAAAGAAACUCCAAUAUCAGAACUUGAAGUGUAUAAACAAGAAUGAUACAGAUGGAGAUGCAGAGGAAAACAUCAUUAGCAGGUUGACUGGGACCAGUGUGUCAUGGUAUGCCACCCUGGAACAGGUUCCAGCAGGAAUACCUACAAUCAUUAUUGCCCAUGAAUUUUACGAUGCGUUACCUGUUCAUCAAUUUCAGGUUUGUUUGUUUACCUCUAUUUUAUCGGUUAAUAAGAUUUGCUAAUCCAUUUUUACCCAA